AAGCUUUGAAGCUGGAGAUGGAGAGACGGGAGGCAGAGCUUCGGGCCAAAAGGGAAGAAGAGGAGAGGAAGCGUUUGGAAGAGGCUCUGCGUGCGAGACAAGAGGAAGAGAGGAAGCGUUUAGAGGAAGAAGAGCUGGCACGACGCAAGCAGGAGGAGGCUCUGAAGAGACAGCGGGAGCAGGAGGAGGCGCAGCGGAGGAAAAAGGAAGAGGAGGAACGGUUAGCUCAGGAGGAGGCUCUCCGGCGACUGGAGGAGCGGAGGAGAGAAGAAGAGGAGAGGAGACAAAGGGAAGAAUUCCUCCGCAAACAGCAGGAAGAGGAGCGGAGGAAGCAGGAAGAACUGGAAGCUCAGAGGCGGCGUGAGGAAGAGAAGAGGCUGGAGGAGGAGGCUGCGGCCGCUGCAGCAGCACUGCUCAGACAACAGCAGGAGGAGCAGAAGAAGAGAGAGCAGGAGGCGCAGAGACAGCAGGAGCUGCAGAGACAGAGACAGCAGCAACAGGAGGCACUCCGACGACUCCAGCAGCAGCAGCAACAACAGCAGCUCGCACAAAUGAAGCUACCUUCAUCCUCAAAGUGGGGUCAGCAGUCGACCACAGCAAACAGUCUCUCACAGUCUCAAAAUGCUCUUUCGCUCGCUGAGAUCCAGAAACUGGAGGAGGAGAGAGAACGACAGACUCGAGAAGAGCAGAGACGUCAGCAGCAGGAGCUCCAGCGGGUCCAGCAGCAGCAGCCUCAGACCAAGCUCCCUGGCUGGGGCAGUGUGGCUAAGCAGCCCAUGGCCACUAAAUCCCUGUUGGAGAUCCAGAGAGAGGAAGCACAGCAGAUGAAGCAGCGGAAAGAUCAGCAGCAGCAGCAACAACAACAACAACAACCACCUCCACAGCCUCAGCCUCAGCAACAUUCAACCAACACCCAGCAAAAUCGCACACAAAACCGGGCGGCCAUCAAUACGUCAGUGUGGGGUUCUGUCAAUAAUGUGAGCUCAAACUGGAUGAUGGACAGCAGUGUAUGGGGCGACACGCAGAACUCUAAUAUUGGCUUCUGGGAUGAAGCAGUAAAGGAGGCCGCUCCACCUCAAACCACUCGCAAGAGCCACACUCCGAAAAACAAGGGCAACGCUAACCUCAGUAAUAGCAGCAGCGGUAAAGCCAGUAAAAAGGUGGAAGAGGAGGAGAAGCUACUGAAACUGUUCCAGGGAGCCAAUAAGAACCAGGACGGCUUUAUGCAGUGGUGUGAACAGACCCUGCACACUCUCAACACAGCCAAUAACCUCGAUGUUCCCACUUUUGCAUCGUUCCUGAAGGAAGUGGACUCUCCGUAUGAGGUGCACGAUUAUGUACGAGCUUAUCUGGGUGACACUCCACAGGCCAAGGACUUCGCCAAGCAGUUCCUGGAGCGCCGUGCCAAACAGAACGACAACCAGCAGAAACCUCAGCAGGGCCAGCAACAAAAACAGCAGGAGUCGGUGUGGGGAAUAAGAGAAGUGCCACAGUCAGUCCUGCUUCAACAACAACAACAACAACAAUUACAGCAGCAGCAACAGCAGCGGUUUGAAACGGUCACUUCCGGCAAGAAGAAGAAGAAACAGAAGAUGGUACGAGCCGACCCAAGCCUUCUAGGUUUUUCUGUCAAUGCCUCCUCUGAGAGACUCAAUAUGGGCGAGAUCGAGACGGUUGAAGACUUUUGAGAGCUGCUGAUCUUCAGGCUCCCUCUACUGACUGUUUUCCUGCUCAACAGCUGCCCUCAGAUUCCCCUCACUACCUUUUUUUUCUCCUUUUUUUUUUUUAAAUCCUCAAUUUCUGAUUUGGAAGCUAUUCGGGGCAGCAAGUUUUUCUUCCUCCCUAAUCCAGAGGAAACCCCAGUUGCAAUAACAGCGCUGCCCCACGGCCAUGAAAAUAUCCCCAAAAUAAAAAUAAGAGAGCGAGGUUUGCUUCGGCAGGAGAGGAGAUUCUGCUCGACAUCAUGCUCACGAUUAUCUCAGUCCCACGUUUCUUUAAGUGUCAAUAGACGGAGCGCGGAGGAAGCAUAUUAUGUAUGGUCCCCAUCAUAACUUCCUUCAUAUUUUUUUUUUAUUUAUUGGUUCCUGCCCUCACUCUUUUAGCGUUUUCCGUUUUCUUCCCUCCUCUCCCGCUUUGCUGCCCCGGACGUCGACAAAACAAAAUAAGACUCGAAGAAAUGUCAAAUGAACACGGUCCUGUUUUAAGGACAUGUUUGAAAGUUCCAGACAGUUAUCCAUUUCUUUGUAAAAUAUUAGGCUGUUUAAAGAAUAAACUUUCGAUUCUGCAUCUGUAUUAUAAUAUAUGGAAAUGAUGAA